AUGGCUAAUAAUUCAAGUGAAGAUUUAACAAUUGCAAUUUCACAUGCAAUAAGCAGUCAAAUGACUACCACUCUUAGCAAUAAAAAUCAUAAAGUUGACAUUGAAACUAACAAUGAAAAAAAUUCAGAAAUUCCAUUAGAUAAAUUAUCUAUUUAUCAGUGUGGAAACAUCUAUAUUAACGAUAUAUCUACAGCAUACACUUGUAGCUCAUCGAUAACUGAUCCCACCUCAAUUUAUGAUACAAGCAUAUUUGUAAAUAGAAUAAUCGCUAUGAUUUUACUUUUAAUAUCUUCAAUUAUUACUGAACUAGAGGAUAAUUUUAAGCAGGAUAUUCUUACGAGAAAACAUUGGUUGGAUAUUUCUUAUACUCUACUUAGUAUGAGUACUUGUAUUUUUGCCUACUCUUCUGGAAAAUCAUUUAUUAGAUCUAGACAAAUAUUUGGAAUUCUUUUAAAAUCUUGGAAGUCUAAUUAUUCUAAUACAAUUAGAAAGAUAAUAUCACAUCCUAUCUUAAAAAGUAUACGAAGUCUGGUAACUUCAACUGUACUUAAAUAUGUUAUGCCAGGCUUCCUGCUAUUCAUAUUGAUACAUCCAAUAUCUCCAUAUAUAUCCAGUAAAUUUCCUCAUUGGUUUGAAAGAGCUAUGAAUACAUUUAUUAAUUUCUACUUAGAUUCUAUUGAUAAUGUGAUUUAUAAUGUAAGCAAAUAUAGUUCUAACUCAAACAUUGCCUAUUUCUUCCAGUUAAUUGCAAUUCUUGUAAUUAUUAGAGUGACAAUAUAUCCUGUAUGUAUUACUCUUUUUGAGUAUAUAUACUCUAAUGAUAUUGAAAAUUUAACUAUUCAUGAAAGUAAUGAAACUGAACCCCUUUUAAUAUCUAAUAACUUCAGUAUAAACAGUACACAAUUUAAUAAUAUUGAAGCAACUCCUAAAAUAAAAUAUCAAGGUAUUGGAUAUACAUUGACUAUAUUUUGGGUUAUAUACAUGACUUACUAUGAUCAUAUUAUAGUUCUAAUUUAUCACAAAACAAAAAGUAUCUAA